AUGGAUAUCACAACAUACUCUCAACCGCCAAUAAUUGGGAAACCACAGCAGCUGCAAAAGAAGGUUAAGAGAUCCGCCCUCAUCUUUCUUUACAUCCAAGAUAUUAUGGGUCGAGCAACAAGAGUCCACCAAGGAAUUCGAACGGACCCCGAUGGCAGGCGGCUACCACCAAUGCGCUCCACACGGGCGCUCUUGUAUGAUGCCAACCAUGAGGCAAACACUAUUGCUUCCGAAUCUAGCACGGAUGUAAAGUGCCUCGAUGGCUUUGUCAUGGCGCCCUACGAAGACGAACUCUCCGAGAUUACCGACAAGAUGCACAAUCUCACCACUGGUCGCAAGUACCCCCGACAUCAUCCAGCCUAUCGACCAAAAUAUCAGCACGCAUGGGUGGUUCGCCCUGAAGAUGUGUACGAGCAGGAACUACACAAUCAUAACCGCGUUGGUCGCUUUGCACAAGACGGGGAAGCCCCAAGUAAUCCGUUGGCUGAGGAUGAUGCUACUAUUACGGACGGGAGCACACUGCUGGAUGAGGAUUCGGAGGUACCCACCAACUGCAGUGAAACAAGAACUACUGCAGAAAGCGUCUCUUCCCUCCCAGAUGAAAAGUCGUUACAGCGUCAUUGGGUAGCUAGCAGCGAGAGCGUCCUUGUUGCAUCGUAUGCAUCUUCCAGCCAAUUCGAUGGCGGUAGUGUGAGCAUUGGAAUUGUCCCCGCAAACAAGACUCGUUCCUUCUUUACGCAAUGGAUACCAUCCUGGGAUAUGCUGUCACGUUGGGUGUUCCUCUUGGCGUGUCUGCUGACCUUAUGGCUGGCAGUGGAACGCCUCGCCUGGGCCGAGAACCACCAGCCGAGUAAUACCAAUAGACGAUUGGUCCGAGGGUCCUCCGACAUUGCCUCCCUGAGGAUGACGGAUCAAAACAAGCACAUGGUCCUGUCACAGCCACCUGUUGUUACCACUUCUAUCAGUCAGGGGCAAGACGAAGGCAUUGUUACCAGUGAGUCCAUCCAGUGGGACAGUCUGACAACCGAGCAGUCGGAGCAGGCAGCGGCAUUUGGUUUCUCCCAGCCUUUCGAUCCCAACAACAGCCGCCAAGACCCCCAACCAGCUGCAUCCCCAGCAUUGCCCGAGCCCCAGUCAUCAGAGUUGCCUCAAUCGGCGCCUCAACCGACUCAAUCAGAGUCGCUUCCGGAGCUCCAUCUUGCGACCUCAGCGGAAGAGCAAGAGCUGGUGAGUUCCGCCCCAGAAGACGCGGCAGCUCCAUCAUCGGAGUCCGCAAGUGGGGGCAAUACCGACGAGCACAGCUCGUAUGCGCCCAGUGGAGCCCCAUCAAGGGCAACGCAAGAAGAGAUACCAAUUCAAGUCGAAGUGCCCACCUCUGGUCCUGGUGGAACACACUCCAAGCCUCCACCUUCUGUCCAAGCCAACCCUUUCCCAGAGACGAGUUCUCCAAUCGUCUUUGACCUCAACGGCAUUCCAGUCACAAAGACGAUGAUCCUCGCCUUUGCCGCCUCCUUGUGCUUCACGGUAGUCGCGAUUGUCGAAUGGGUCCAGCACGAUAUGCUGUUCCAACUCGCCCUGGCUGUCUCAGGGAUCUUCGGACUGCUUUCGGCAAUGGUUCAAGAAAGACAUCCUCUUACCUCUGCUGUCCUGCACAGCCUAUCCGUUCAUUGGUUUCUGGCUGCCGCUGCAUUGAUUCUCUGGCUCCGCUGUCAUCAACAAACGGCAUCGUCCAGCUUCCGUCGUCCCCGAGCCAUUCACACGACCAAAGAAGAAGCCUUAUUCUUGGCCGAUGUCUUCUUUCUUGUGGGAUCCGCCAUUGCCGUGGUGGCUUCAUAUGUCGUCUUCAGAGAUGAUGCACCGGCUCUGAAUCUCGGUCUUCAAGUAGCCGGAGUCUGCACGGCAAUCAUGUGGGUAGGGUGUGCCGUUCUCUACCUCUGUUGUUCUUGUCCUGGAAAUCGACGCUACGAAGCAUCCUGA